CUUCAGCCUCCCAAGUAGCUGGAAUUACAGCCUCACACCAUAAUGCUGGGCUCACUGAUGCAUAUUGAAUCCCCGGGAGACGGUUGACGCUCAUAUCCCCACCUCCCACUCAGGGAAACUGAGGUUCAGAAAGGCCGAGUGACUUGCCCCAGGUCCAGCUGUGUAUAAACAGCACAAGCAGAACCCUAGCCUGGCUGUGACCCACUGACCCUCCGCAGGUUGAGGAGCGGUUCUCCCGGGUGCCGGAGCCAGUGCAGAAGCGGAUCGUGUUCUGGUCAUUUCCACGAAGUGAGAGGGAGAUAUGCAUGUACUCGUCGCUAGGGUACCAGUCUGCGGAGGGGGAGCAGGACGCCCGGGUGCCCUUCACCCGCGGGCUGCACCUGCUGCAGAGUGGCUCCGUGGACCGUGUCCUCCAAGUGGGGUUCCACCUGAGUGGGAAUGUGCGGGAUCCGGGCAGCCCCGGGGAGCCUGAGCACUUCCACCACGUGUCCGUCAGCUUUGACCGCUGCAAGAUCACAGCCGUGAGCUGCAGCUGCGACAACCGAGACCUCUUCUACUGUGCACAUGUGGUGGCCCUGUCCCUCUACCGCAUCCGCCAUGCACUCCAGGUGGAGCUGAGGCUGCCCAUCUCCGAGACACUGUCCCAGAUGAACCGUGACCAGCUCCAGAAGUUCGUUCAGUACCUCAUCAGUGCCCACCACACAGAGGUGCUGCCCACCGCCCAGCGCCUGGCUGAUGAGGUCCUGCUGCUGGGCUCCGAGAUCAACCUGGUGCAUGGCGCCCCUGACCCUACAGCGGGCGCAAGCAUCGAGGACGCCAACUGCUGGCACCUGGAUGAGGAGCAGAUCCAGGAGCAGGUGAAGCAGCUGCUGUCCAACGGUGGCUACUACGGGGCCAGCCAGCAGCUGCGCUCCAUGUUCAGCAAGGUACGGGAGAUGCUGCGCAUGCGGGACUCCAAUGGGGCGCGCAUGCUCAUCCUCAUGACCCAGCAGUUCCUGCAAGACCCACGCCUGGCCCUGUGGCGGCAGCAGGGCGCGGGAAUGACCGACAAGUGCCGGCAGCUAUGGGACGAGCUGGGGGCCCUGUGGGUCUGCGUCAUUCUGAGCCCACACUGUAAACCAGAGGAGCGGGCAGGCUGGCUCCAGCUGCUGGCCACAUGGGACAAACUGGACGUGUGCCCACUGGAAGAGGGUAACUACUCCUUCGAUGGCCUCAGUCUGCAGCCCACGGCAGCCCCCAGCCCAGGCCCCCAACAAGGAGAGGUGGAGGUGACAGCUGCCCGUUCCCGUCACACGGUGUUUGGCCGUGCCCUGCAGGCCGGGGUGCUGCACUGGAAGGAUGCCCACCUCCAGAGGAUCCUGGCCAGCGACUCCCCCAGCCCCAGCCUCACAGGCAGCACCGAGGGUGACAAGCCAGACUUUGACCCACAGGGCCGCCCGCUCUGGCUAGGUGAAUCCUUCCCCACUGCCUGCGCCCGGGUGGACACCUUGCGUGCCCACGGGUACCCCCGCAAGGCACUGCGGCUGGCUGGCGCCAUUGUCAACACCCUCCGGCUGCAGCGGCGACACCAGCUGGAGAUCUACAAGCAGCAGAAGAAAGAGCUGCUGCAGAAAGGCAUCACCUGCAUCACCAACACGGAAGGCUGGGUGGGCCACCCCUUGGAUCCCAUUGGCUGUCUCUGCAGGGCCCUCCUGGAGGCCUGUCGCCUGGAGGAGGAGAGCCUCUCACUUUACCCAGACUCUGGCAUCGAGAAGCGGAAGGCACUUUACCAGCACGUACCGGUGCCCGGGAGCCCCGGGGAGUCCUAUCUGGCGCUGGCGCUGGAGGUGGCACUUCUGGGGCUGGGGCAGCAGCGGCCCUUGCCCGAAGGCCUGUAUGCUCAGGAUAAAGUGGUGCGCAACGAGGAGCAGCUGCUAGCCCUGCUGGAGGACGUGGCUUUGGAUGACAGGCUGGUACAGGUGCUUCGGAAGCAGGCGGGGCUGCUGCUGGACGGGGGUCCCCUCAGCGGCUUCGGGGAGGUGCUCUUCCGGGAGAGCGUGCCCAUGCACACCUGUGCCCGCUACCUGUUCAGCGCACUACUGCCCCACGACCCCGACUUGGCCUACCGCCUCGCACUCCGUGCCAUGAGGCUGCCCGUCCUGGAGACAGCGUUUCCGGCUGGAGACCCUCACCCCAACCCGCUGGACUCCAUCAUGAGCAGCCGCUUCCCCCGCUGGUUCAUCCUGGGCCACCUGGAGAUGCGGCAGUGCGAGCUGGCGUCCACCAUGCUGACGGCUGCCAAGGGAGACCCCAAGUGGCUGCACGCAGUCCUGGCUUCCAUCCAGCAGAACAUUCACUCCCCAGCUCUGCUCUUCAAACUGGCGCAGGACGCCUGUAAGACGGCCACCCCGGCCAGUGCGCCCCCAGAUACCACGCUGCUGGGCAUCGCGCUGGAGCUGGGCCUGCAGGUCAUGCGGAUGACCCUGAGCACCAUGACUUGGCGCCGGAGGGAGAUGGUGCGCUGGCUGGUCAGCUGUGCCACAGAGAUCGGUCCCCAGGCGCUGAUGAACCUCAUGCAGAACUGGUACUCCCUGUUUACGCCAGUGGAGGCGUCCACUAUCGUGGCAGUGACGGGCACCACACAUACCACGCUGCUGCGGCUGCAGCUGGACACGCCACAGCGGGAGGAGCUCUGGACCUGCGCCUGCACUCUGGCCUUGCAGUGCGCCAUGAAAGACCCUCAGAACUGCGCCCUGCCCGCCCUGACCCUGUGUGAGAAGAACCAUGCGGCCUUUGAGGCCGCCUACCAGAUCGUGCUGGAUGCGGCAGCUGGCGGCUUAGGCCACGCACACCUCUUCACGGUGGCCCGUUACAUGGAGCACCGUGGGCUGCCUCUGCGAGCCUACAAGCUGGCCACGCUGGCCCUGGCACAGCUCAGCAUCGCCUUUAACCAGGACAGCCACCCGGCCGUUAGCGAUGUGCUGUGGGCCUGCUCCCUCAGCCACUCGCUGGGCCGCCACGAGCUCUCGGCCCUCGUCCCCCUCAUCAUCCGCAGCAUCCACUGCGCCCCAAUGCUGUCCGACAUCCUGCGCCGAUGGACACUCUCAGCUCCAGGCCUCGGCCCUCUGGGGUCCCGCCGGGCCGCCAAGCCACUGGGCACUGACCGGGCACCGCUGUGCCAGCUCCUGGAUGCUGCCGUUGCCGCCUACAUCACCACCAGCCACUCUCGCCUCACGCACAUCAGCCCGCGACACUACAGCGACUUCAUCGAGUUCCUGGGCAAGGCCCGUGAGACCUUCCUGCUGGCGCCAGACGGGCACCUGCAAUUUGCCCAGUUCUUGGAGAACAUCAAACAGACCUACAAGGGCAAGAAGAAGCUCAUGCUGCUGGUGCGGGAGCGUUUUGGCUGAGAUGCCAGCGUGGCCCAAGACAGCGCACGGGUCCCCAGGAAGGGGAGAUCCUCCCCAUCGCCCGCGCUGCUCUGCAGAGUGGAGUCGGUAUUAAGUCAGGGAAGGGGAUGGGAGAUGUGUGCCUGGGAGUGUGCAAACGAGUGUGCAGGACACAGGAGCAGAAGCCAUACCACCACCCAGAUGCCUGAACGGGGUUGUACUUGCACAGCUCAAAUGACUCCCCCAUCCUGGUCUUGGGCACCCCAGGAGCAAUAGGCAAGCACCACCACCACCCCUCACCGGGCCCUGGAAGUGGGCCUGUCCGGAACCUGGUCCUGGGGUGAUAACAGCACGGGCUCCUGGCUCCCACUCACAUGGCCAGGGCACUUUCUGCAAGGGCAGCUGGACUCCCUUCUGUGCCCCCACUGCUCAGGGGCCCCCAUUUCUCUGCCCUGAACCUCCUCCCAGGCUGCCCCAGCCCCACUUGAAGGGUCUCUGAGGUCUCCGGCCUCAACCACAUACCUCACCUUCAGCCCUUUGUCCGGCCGGGACCCUGGGCACCAGGCUACCCAGGGAGGCUGGGAUUGGGGUCGUCACUGCCCCCUGACACUGGGCACUGGACAGACAACUCAGGAACCAGGCAGUGCCCGUGCUGCCCACCCAGUGUGGCGUCAGGAUCUGGGCAUGAGAAAGCCAGGGGGACCCCAUGUGGAAAGGAGACGGAGGGGCUCCAGGUCCUCCGCCUGCAGCUGUCUCCGUCUCCUCUGUCCCUGGCUUCACCUCUUCAUCUUACUGUUUCUUAUUUCUCUCCAGUCAGCCUCCCUUUCUGUGUUCAUUUAGGUCCCAGCCAUGGCUCUUUGUCCUCCUCCUGCCCUGCUAUGGCCUGGGAGGAAGAGGAAGAGAGUGCCCCACCCCAUCCCGCCAUUCUCCUUGUGUAAUAAGGAAGAUGGCAUCAUUUUGUAACUUUUUUUUCUAUUUAUUGACCCGUAUAUUGUAUUUGCUUUUUUAAAAAGUUGAGACACAGCUUCUUUUAAAUUUUAUUUUGAGAUUAAGGUGUGUGUCCCCAUCCCAGGGCCAGAGCCUCCCCCGUUCUCAGCAAAAAAACAAGGAAGAUCUUCAGUCUUGUUUCUGGUCACAGCUUCCAUUGAGGGCAGGAAGGGGAGCAGCUACAGCACAGGGGACUUUACAGAUGUCAUCUACUUAUUACAACCACCCUGCGAUGGAUUAUCU